AUGUUUAAAUGCGAACAAUGUUCAUCGGUUUUCACCACGAAACAUAAUUUGAAAACCCAUCAGAAAAAACUUGAAGGUCUGCGGUUCUCGUGUACCUUUUGUCCAUCGACAUUUUCUUAUAAAACCGGUCUCAACAAACAUAAAAAGAACUUUCAUGGUAUCGUUAACGUUCCGGUUAAUCGUCAGCCUGCUCAACCGAUUGCUACACCGAAUGUUAGACAGAGCGUUAUACACUACGCGCCACCUGCAGAGAGUAUCCAGAUUGCACCUCAAAUUUUCGUUCCCGAUAUAUCGGCUAGUGGUUCGAAUACAUCGACUGACAUUCGUAUAUCUGAUGACGAUAUUUGUAUGUUAGCUAUGGAUGAAUAUGAAAAUGAAGAAGAAGUUAAUGCAGAUUCUUAUACAACUACGGGGUCUAACGGGAAACGUGUUUCAUCUGCUAAUACCAACUCAGCCGUUAGAGCGAAAAAAGCACGUAUGGAUAUGGUACAGUCCUCUGGAUUCCUCGAGAUUUCAUCGUCUGCAAACCGAAAAAUCGUAUGGCAUUACGCCAAAAAUAUCAAUAAUGUUCAAAUUUAUUCAAAGUUCCUCCAAUCGCUUAAACCAGAACUAAUAAAAAUAUUAAAAAAUUAUUAUAUUCAAAAACACGUCAUUAAAUUUAAUUUUAAACUCGAGGCAACCUAUAACCGACCUAACGUUUUAAACACUUCAGAAAACCGGGCGUUCAAAACAACAGCGAUUGAAAUGUUUCAUGAUAGUAAUAUAGCAGAGAUUAUAGAGAGAGCGUAUUUAAAAUUGUUAAACGAGAAAGAUGAGUACAGUGGGAGAGGAAGUGGAUUUACUUUAGAAACAAUAGACGGUCUAUUAUUGGCGGUGUAUAAAUAUUCACCGAUGAGUGGAUCAUCAUAUAUUAAGUUACCGGUAUGUAUUGAGUGGAAGCGAGGUACCAUAAAUCCGCAGAAUGCAGAUCAAAAAUGUUUCAUGUACGCGAUUCUCGCGAGACAUGUGACGGGGUCGACAGUAUGCCGUAUCGAGGGUAAUAAUUACAAACAGCAUGAAGAUAAAUAUAAUUUCAAAGAUAUCACCUUCCCGACACCUCUAUCUGAUAUUUCCAAAUUCGAGAGAAAUAACUUGAACGUGAGCGUAAAUGUUUAUGGGAUCGAAAAAAAGUUUCAACCACCGAAGAAAUAUCCGACGUAUGAAGUGUAUCCGUUACGUGUAGUCGAGGAAGAAAAAACCAAUCAUUUUGAUCUUUUAUUGAUAACAGAUGGUGAUAACUCUCAUUAUGUUUACAUAUCAAAUUUUUCCCGUCUCAUAAGAAGUCAAAAAACUAGACACAAUGGACGUGCAGUGUUUUGUAAGAGAUGUUUUACAAAUUUUGACAAUCAAAAUUUAAAAUUUAAAAUGUAUGGACAGACUGCGUUGGAUCAACAUAAAUUGGUUUGCGGGAUGCAUAAACCGAUAUUACCGGAUAUGCCGAAAGAGGGGGAUUGCAUUGAAUUUAAGUUGAGGAAAAAUACAGUUAGACAUCCAUUUGUUAUAUAUGCAGAUUUUGAGUCGUUGUUAGUGAAGACUGGUGAGAGUAUGGGGAAAAAUACAACAAUUAUUCAUAAACACGAAGCGAUGAGUUAUGGAUUUUUGGUAAAAGUGAGUGACAACGUACCAGUGGAACUUUUAGAGGAGUACGAGAUACCGACAGGACCGGUAUUAUACAGAGGAGAUGAUGAUCAUAAGGACGUAGCGAAACACUUUAUAGAAGCAAUAGUUGGAGUGAGUCGUAAAAUUGAGAAUUUGUUGAAGACAAACAUACCUUUAACUAUGACUAAAAACCAAGAAAAAACACAUCAAGCGUGUACCGAGUGUAAUCUAUGUAAAUGUAGUUUAGCCGGGGGUGAUAAAGUUAUGGACCACGAUCAUCUAACAGGAAAAUUCAGGCAAACUUUAUGCUCUAAGUGUAACUUAGAACUACAAGAUAGAAGUUGGUGGGGUAAAUAUACGUCACACACGUACGCAAUCAAAGAUCACGAGAUUACGAGCCAAGGAUCACGAGAUUACGAGCCAAGGAUCACGGGGAUCACGAGGAUCACGAGGAUCACGGGAUCACCAGCAGAACUCUCUAUUUCAUACUACUGUGGUGUACCAGAGCCAUCUGACCGCCCAUCGUCCUCCCCAACUACUAAAGAUAUAACAUUUGUCAAAGAAAUUUUCGAUAAACUUGAUCCUACACUUCCAGUAACGGUUAUUCGCAGAAUCUUCAAGAUUGACAAGAGUAUCAAUGAGAAACCAGACUUCUUAAAGUAG